GUGUUGGUUAAGUUUCUUUCAUCCCCUUUGGUGAGAAAAAACGUGUGCUCAGGCACCCUUGGACUGAAAGGGCUGUGCUGCAUCUCUGUGCACAUGGGACACAAGCAGGACUAUGUGAGGACAAACUGGGGCUACCCCACACCACACUGAGCCAGUCCCAUGGUAGCCCCAUGCCCAGCCCCAGAGGAACCCUGCAGGCAAUACAGCAGCACUGCAGCACGAACAGCUUAAGGGUCUUGACAUCACAGUGGGCUUUGCUCAUCACUGGAUGAGAAUGACCCUUUGAGAUGUUACCAGGUGAUGAUGGAUCCACCUAGCAAUGGAUUAUGAUGUCACUGAGGAGACGGUGUCCCUCUCUGCACCUCACGCAGUCAGUGCCACAUUCGCUGGAGGCUACCAUCCUGCCAGGCUGCUGCUGUGCUUAGCCACUGCCGCGAGUCUGGCCAACCAGCACUGCCUGAGGGCACAGCAGGGAGUUUUUGCCGCAUCUUUGAUUCUAACUUGCUGCUUCCCCCCAGUUCCUCCUUCUCCUCCAUCUGUUACUUACUGUUCUUCACUUUCUGUCACUUUCUUUCGUGAUGCUAAUUUCCCUUCUUCCUGCUCUGGGCUACAGGAAAGCGCUGUACCAGGGCUGUGCCAGAGAAGCCCCUUGGUAGCGCUCCGGUUUUUCCUGUAUUUUCUCAGCUACCAGCAUGCAGGGACCCUGGGUAGGCACCUGGAGACCUCAUCCCCGAAGGGGCCCAAUCCUUGCAGAAUUCAACACCCCAGGUCCGAAGUAUGGGCUCCCAGGGACAACAGGUCACCCAGGUCAUGACCCCACCAGGCAAAGAGCUCCUGCAUACUCAUUUGGAACCACUACAUAUCCUAGUGCAGCGACCUGUUCGCCAGGUCCUCAAUAUUUCAUUGAUUCAUCUAUUACAAAGUCUGGGAAGCAUGUGCCUCCGACGGCACUGGUGACGGCUCGUCCGAAGACCAAGAUUGUGGUCACCCCAGGACCCAGUGACUACACCACGGAACCUGCUGAUAAACAUGUCUACCAUUCUGCAAGGGCAAAUAGCAUAUUCUCCCGACCAAAGGACAUAAAAUGUUCCCAAACGCCAGGUCCUGCUGCCUAUAGCCUGCCCAGGAUUCUGGGACCCCGCACACCGUCCACCCCUGCCGCACCAUGCUACUCUAUGAGAUGGAAGAGUCAAUACCAGAGCUGUUUUCAGGACAUGGCAAAGACUCCAGGUCCUGCGGCAUUUAACAAGGUGGACCUAGAUGUUUACAAGCCUAAAGCCCCCAAAUUCACCAUGAGAAUUAAAACCAAAGCUGUUGGCACGGGUACAGCUCCGGGUCCGGCAGAAUACAACCCAGGAAAGUUGUCAGCGACCAAGACCCGGGAUCCUGCUUUCAGUUUUGGUAUUCGACACUCUGCCUAUGAAGCUUCUGUAGUACCUAAGUCACAAAUUGAUUAA